AUCACGUUCGACAUCAUUCGUAAGAUUAGAUAAGUUGCCAUUCUGACUGAAACUAUAGCACGCAGGCCUAGUCUGCAACUUUGAACAAUAAAGAUGCGUUCUCUGAUUUUAGUCACUCUCAUUUCUACCGCUUUUGCUGCGGUUUUGGUGCAGCCGGAACGGAAAGAACCACUCGACAAUGUUGCUGGCGUUGAAACUAAAGAUUUAGCGACCGAUGUCGCAGUCGCAAGGAUCUACCUGAUCGACCUUAUGAGAGAUUUACACACUCGAAAGCAGCUGCAGACGGAGCUCCACUACCUGAUUAUCGUAGACGUCGGAAACAAACUUCAGAACAUUCAAAAUUUACUUGAACAAACUGGGAUAUCAAGCGACGUAAUUAAUGAGAUUUUAGCCACCAUUACGAUCAACUUUAACACUUAUCUGAGCUCGUACAACUUAUUCACCAGUGGCUUUGACGUGAUCAGGCAAGAGAUUUUAAACGUCAACAAUGAUCUGUACCUUCUUGACUCCACCCUUUCCGGGUCUUAUGUCAGACUGCAAAGUGCGAUCCUGGCUGAUGAAAACAUCUAUUAUACUGUAAAAAAUAACGUGGACACGCUUCUGCAAUCUGGGGAACAGAGUAUUUUGACAGCAAUUGAGGGACUGUUCAAUCAAGAGGUGAUUGAUAUAAACGUAGCCAUCCAGGAAAUCAAAGGGCUUGUUGGCGCGAAGCAGAAAGACUUAGCGGAUGAGCAUUUGCUGUUCAAUAGCAUCGCCCAAUUAACUUUGAGCUCCGUGAAAACGCUCAACACUUGAGAAUUUUUUGACAUCGGCACACUGUCGUAUCAACCGUGAUUCAAUAUCAAUGAGAAUUUUGCGUCAUAAAACUGCGUAAGUAAAUGAGAAGAUUUUUAAACAUGACAUAAGCACGUCAAACACGUGAAAGUGUGUCAACAUUAGGUGCAGAUAAAAGACUGUGAGACGCAGAAAAUUUUCAAGAAGGGAGGGAAGGUAUAUGAUCGGAUUGAAAAAUAAAGAUCUUAGCAAUAGCAUUGAAACAUAAAAAUUUUAGCAGCGAGAUGACACUUAAAACGCUACUCCUUUUAAUCCUGGUUUUAUCCGCUUCUGUUUUUGCUGAAUUUGAAAGUGAUGAUGCCAAUAUUGAGUUUGUGCAAACAGCACUAGGAAAUUUCAUUCGGGAAUCAGUAAAGUACACAGCGACGACUAUCAAAGUCAUUCAAAAUGUUGAUGUCGGAUUAAAAACAAAAAAAUUAAUAGAUCAAAUAUUACUUCAUCUGCAGAUUCUUCAGGUUGACCGAGGUGAAAUAGAGAAAAUAAGCGAAAUGUUUGUGCACCAGUCGGCCCUCUUGGAAUUCACAUCGAUUCAGUUUGAACGGGCUAAUGAUGAUGCGCUUUCUACGGCCUACAAACUUAAUCUCGAACUCAGACAGGGAAGUUUGAAAAAUAUUUGGAAAUUUCACGACCAAUUGGAAGAAAAUGCCAGAAAUUUAGACUCUAAAUUAUAUCAGUAUAAACAAGACGUAUCACUCGCUCAAAGUGCUGUCAGUGAUUUGAUUUUCACUGCGAUUGAUGGAAUGGAUGGCCCAAACGUUUAUGCCAUUUAUACUCUAAUGCAGAAAGCGUCCGACUCCAUCGAUGCAAAUCAAAUGAAACGUGACUACGAGUUUUUGAACUACAGAUUAGUUGCUAUUUUAGUUGCAAUCAGAGAUUUAUUCCCUAAAUAAAAUUAUAUAUAUAUAUAUUUUUUUAUUUCCAGCAGAAAUAAAAAAAAUUACAAUUCGCUGAAACAACUAAUUAAAAAAUUAAUAUUUAUGUGUACUUAUUUUCAAAUUUUAGACAUUUUUUUCAAUUUGUUUGAAGAAGUUGACACUCGAGGAGAUGAUCAUGGAAAUGAA